UUGGAAUUAAAAGUACAUUCAUAAUCUCAACUUGGUGAUAUAUUGCACAAAAAAAAUGUACAUAUUAGGUAUAGAUAAAAGCCCCUUCUCUACUUCUCUUCAAUCCAAUAUUGAUCCCUUAGCCAUGGGGUUCUACUGCACCGCCGUCGUCGUCACCGCGCUUCUUCUACUCUCCAUCUCUGCGAAGCUCCCCGUUGUCGUUGUUGUCGCAAAAGAUUACAGGGUGGGCGGCACGGACGGAUGGACUUUUGGCCCCGACUUCCUGCAAUGGUCCGAGCAGUAUAACUUCACCGUCGGCGAUGUUCUGACAUUUAACUACGUGAAGGGGCAACACAACACGUAUGAAGUGACGGAGGACGCGUACAAGGCGUGCGACGGGGGGAAGACGAUCCCGCCGCUCCGAGUCUACGCGAGCGGCAACGAUGUCGUCAACUUGACGCGCGCGGCGAGCUACUAUUUCCUCUGCAACAUCAAAGGCCACUGCUUAGGAGGCAUGAAACUCAACAUCACCGUCGCCGCGAACGCGACCCCGACCCCGACCCCGAGCGGAGGAAACACACCGCCGCCGCCUCCACCGAGUCCGCCCCUGCCGCCGGAGUCUCGGGGAAACCGUGGUGCAAUGUUGGGGAAGUGGUGGUGGGGUUGUGCAGCUUUAGUAUUUGGAAUUUUUACAUCUCUCUAUUAAUUGUUGAGUGUGACACUUUUGUU